GAGAGAAGGAAGAUGCUAGGUCUGUAUAUGAGGCCUGAGUGGCAGAUCCGCGCCGAUGGUGUGACCCUCUGCUGGUUACAAAAUAUAAAUUUAAAAUAGAAUUAAAAUUUAAAUCUUGAGUUUGAGCGAAAGCGUUCCAGUUCCAAGGGCACAAAUCAAAACCAUAGAGCUUUGUGUCAACGAAUUUUGGAUUCAGUUAUUACUCCCUAUAACAUGAGGAGGUGACUUGGAGAUGGCAGACUUACCAGGGCAUAUACGUGCCUGUUUGAACACAGGGAAGCUUGCCUCCUUGGCAAUUUUGGUCUCUGGAGGAAUCGUCUUGCAGAUUUUGGCAUGUGCCUUGUAUAAUAAUUGGUGGCCGAUGCUAAGCGUGUUAACGUAUGUGCUUCUUCCAAUGCCUUUGCUGUUCUUUGCUGGGUCUGAUGGUUCUGUAUUUUCUGAAUCUGAUAAUAGCUGGGUGAAUUUUACCAAGUUCUUGACCGGAGCCUCAACCGUUGGAGGCAUUGCCAUUCCGAGCAUAUUAAAGCAUGCUGGGGUUAUCUGUUGGGGAGCCUUUGCAAUGGAACUGUCGUCCUACUUUGUGUUUGGAUUAUCUGUAUUAUGUUUCCUUUGGAUGAGUGAUGAUGAUGAUUACGGUAUGCUAUGAGAAGGGAACUUUACUUUAGCGGGGCUUGCUUCUUCAUUGCGAAAAUGGAUUUAUUCCUUUCAUGUGCUAUUGAUUUCCUUGCUUUUGUGUGCUUCACCUCAGCAUAUUUCUUUUCCCAUUUUAAAUAUUGGCAGCCUCGACUAAUUGUGUUUAACAAUGAUUUCUCGAGGCUCUCAAUUGUGAAGGAGCUUUCAGACAUUAUACGGAAAUUGUAUGUAACUGGACUUUAUUACUUUAAUAUCUAUUCUGGAAUGAAAAGGCUUUAUUGCUUAUUGUGUAAA